AUGGGUGCCCACGCUCCAGUCGUCUCCUCGACCUCCGUGGUCGAGAUAGAUAAAACCCCUCCUCCCUCGCAGCAGACGACAUUCCUGCUGUCACCACCAUCAGAGAAGAAAGCUGGCCUACAUCCUGUCUCAGUCUCGAUUACCCCUAUCCCACCUCCCACUCCUACCACCAAGUACACCCUUUCUCAUACCCACUCUCAUCAGUCGAGCACUUUGACGGCCGUUGGAAGAGGCUCCUCCAGAGGCAUCAUGGCCCCCUUUGCCAACAUGUCGCACCCCUUGCGCACCAAUCUUGUCUUUGGGAUAGGCGAGUUUGUCGGAACCUUCUUGUUCUUGUUCUUUGCCUUUGCUGGGACACAGGUCGCCAACACGGCUCCGGCCAAUGCCGCGAAACUACCCUCGACGAGCAACCUGCUGUACAUUGCCUUCGCUUUUGGGUUCAGCCUGAUGGUGAACGUUUGGGCCUUUUUCAGGGUUACCGGCGGUGCUUUUAAUCCUGCUGUUACGCUCGCACUUGUCCUCGUUGGUGGUUUCCCCGCCGUUCGUGCUGCCAUUGUCAUCGUUGCUCAGAUCCUGGGCGCCACUGCGGCUGCUGGGUUGGUUCAAGUGAUUUUCCCCGGUCCGUUGGCUGUGGAAACUACUCUGGGAGGCGGAGCGACUGUUGCUCAGGGCUUCUUCAUUGAGCUAUUCUUGACGUGCGAGUUGGUCUUUGUCAUUUUGAUGAUGGCCGUCGAGAAACACCGGGCGACGUUUGCUGCUCCAGUAGCCAUUGGCCUGUCUUUGUUCCUGUCUCAGUUAGUCGGCGUCUACUUUACCGGCGGCAGUCUCAACCCUGUCCGCUCCCUCGGCCCGGCCAUUGUCAACCGCCACUUCCCUGGAUACCACUGGAUCUACUGGCUGGGUCCCGUGCUCGGUGCUCUCCUGGCUUGCGGGUUUUACAAGCUGUUGCAGGCCCUCCGGUACCACGAUAUCAACCCGGGUGCGGACGGCGACGGUCGUGACGACCUUGAGGGUGCCCGUCACGCGCAUCAAGAUGGAUUGAAACACACUCCUACCAACCUUACGCAACCCCUCGCUAAUGGCGAGACGGCCGCACUCCACAACCAGCCGGCGCAGGUACCGAGGGAGGAGUUGUGAUGGCCCAAAAGACGUGGGGGGCAAUGAUUGGUGAUUCCUGAGUGGGUGCUGCUGUUCGUGUGUUACCAACAAGUACUUGC